CGAUGCUUAUUAUUGUUUAUUGGAAGUUGAAAGGCUGAAUUGUUUUGGAGAAAGAUAGAAAGAAAUAGACCAUGAAAUUGACCGUCUCCACAGUCCAGACAAGUAUAAACUCUACCAGCUCUCUUCUUCUUCUUCUUCUUCUUCCUGGUUGUAGCCUCGCUUAAACUUGCAUUUUCUUGAUUUUGAAGCGGAUGUUGCUAUAUUGAAAAUUGAAAUUUGCCAAUAUGGUCAAGACAAAGACAAUUCAGGUCUUUGGGUUCCCUCGCCUUGUGAGUGCGAAUGAAGCGAAAGCAUUCUUUGAGAGGCAUACGCGUGUGAAUUCCGUGUAUGCGAUAGAGGUGAAGAUGAGCAAAAGAGGAGGAAGGGCAUAUGCUAAAGUCCAAUUUGACACAAGCAGAGCUGCAGAAGCAAUUAUAUCAUUAGCCAAUUGUGGGAGAUUGUACUAUGGUAGCUCUUAUUUGAAGGCUUGGGAACUUGACACCUAUAUUGUGGAGCCCAGAUCAUAUGUCCAUGAAAUGCCGGAUAUAACUCUAUGCUUUGGGUGCCAAAUAUCAAAAGAGAGGUUUUCCAGGUUAUGGGGAGUGGGAAAUGUCUCAAUAAAAUUUGGAUAUGGAUUGAAGAAGAUACUCUUCUUCCUAUCAUAUCGUGAUGUCGAAUACAAGCUCCAACUCUUGUAUGAACACAUUUGGGACAUUGUUUUGUAUAACCCGAAUGGUCGAAAUGAAAAAUAUCUCGUCAUACAGUUAUUUGCUGCUCCACGGAUCUAUAAGAAAACAGCCGAAUUCUCAAUUUAUAACUACUUUGAGGAACUUCCGGAUGAUCAAUGGGUGAGGACCACGGACUUCACACAGAAUUUGAUUGGCCAAUCAUCUUGCUUGUGUCUGGUGCUUCCUACAGGUGUCAGAUUACCAGACUUCCGCAAUAAUUUUGCCUACUAUAGUGAAACUGAAAGUCAAUUCAUUCUAGAGCACGGUUCACCAUUCUCUAGCAAUUUGGAUCUAGUUCCAAUCAUGCAUCCUCCAGAAGGAGUUGUGUUGCCUUUCAAGUUGCUUUUUAAGAUUUGUUCUUUGGUUCAACAUGGAUGCCUUCCGGGGCCCACACUCAACGCCAAAUUCUUCCGAUUAGUUGAUCCACGCUGGGAAAACAUUAACUGCAUUGAACAUGUCUUGGCUAAAAUGUAUGAAAUGAAGGAAUGCUGUUAUGAUCCUGUGGCGUGGCUGACUAUGGAAUACAGAAUGUUUAAGCGUCCUCCGGAAUCUCCUCUUAUUAAACUUGAAGAUGGAUUGGUUUAUGUACGGAGGGUCCUAGUUACUCCAACAAGGGUAUAUUUUUCUGGGCCCGAGGUGAACCAAUCCAAUCGUGUGCUGCGCCAUUAUAUCAAUGAUAUUGAUAAUUUUCUCCGUGUCUCUUUUGUUGAUGAGGAAUGGGAUAAAAUUCAAUCUGUGGAUUUAUCUCAGCGCGCAUCGGGCAAGACUGACAUUUAUCACAGGAUACUUAGGAUACUUAACAGCGGCAUUGUUAUUGGAGACAAAAGGUUUGAGUUUCUGGCGUUCUCAUCUAGCCAGCUAAGAGAGGGUUCCAUUUGGAUGUUUGCAUCAAGAAAUGGACUUAAUGCUGCUGAUAUAAGGGCAUGGAUGGGCGACUUUACAAAGAUAAAAAAUGUUGCAAAGUACGCUGCAAGACUUGGACAGUCCUUUGGUUCAUCCAGAGAGGCUUUGAGUGUUCCCAGGGAUGAGAUUGAAAUUGUUCCCGACAUAAAGAUUCGAAGGCAAGGGUCAGAAUAUAAUUUCUCCGACGGGAUUGGGAAAAUAUCUGUGGAAUUUUCUGAAAGAGUUGCCAUAAAAUGUGGUCUGGAAAAGUUUACUCCAUCCGCUUUUCAGAUCCGUUAUGGUGGAUUUAAGGGUGUUGUUUCUGUUGACCCUUGUUCAUCAAAGAAGUUGUCACUGAGAAACAGCAUGCUGAAGUAUGAGUCAGACAAUGUAAAGUUGGAUGUUUUGGCAUGGAGCAAAUAUCAACCUUGUUAUCUGAACCGCCAAUUGGUAACACUUUUGUCCACACUUGGGAUCAAAGAUGAGGUCUUUGAGAGGAAGCAAAGUGAAGCAGUUGCUCAACUGAAUGCCAUCCUCACUGAUCCCAAUAAGGCAUCCGAGGCACUCGAGCUGAUGGCCCCUGGAGAAAACACAAACAUCAUUAAAGAGAUGCUGAUGUGUGGUUACAAGCCAGACGCCGAACCAUUUCUUUCGAUGACUUUGCAAGCAUUCAGGGCAUUCAAGUUGCAAGAUUUGAGGACUAAGGCAAGGAUAUUUGUGCCCAGUGCAAGAUCAAUGAUGGGAUGUCUGGAUGAAACCAGAACGUUGGAAUAUGGUGAAGUAUUCAUUCAGUAUUCAGGUACGGAUCACAGGCUGUCUCUUGGCGAUGGCCCUCUGCUCACUGAAUCCAGCAGUUGUAAAUACAUUGUCAAGGGAAAGGUGGUCGUUGCAAAGAACCCGUGCUUGCACCCUGGUGAUGUUCGUGUUUUGAGGGCUGUUAACGUGCCUGAUUUGCACCAUAUGGUGGACUGUGUCGUGUUCCCACAGAAAGGGCAGAGACCUCAUCCAAAUGAAUGUUCUGGAAGUGAUUUGGAUGGAGAUAUUUACUUUGUGUGUUGGGACCAAGAUCUGAUUCCAAUGGAAAUGAAGCCGCCAAUGGAUUAUACCCCUGCUCCAAGCACGGAAUUAGACCAUGAUGUAAUGAUGGAGGAAAUUCACAAGUAUUUUGCAGACUACAUUGUGAAUGACAGUUUAGGCAGAAUCUCGAAUGCCCAUGUCGUGUUUGCAGACAAAGAAGCAAAAAUGGCAAUGAGUGAACCAUGUCUUGAACUUGCAAAGCUCUUCUCCAUUGCAGUUGACUUUCCCAAGACUGGUGUUCCUGCUGAGAUACCCUCCCAUCUACGUGUCAAAGAGUAUCCCGAUUUCAUGGAGAAGCCUUCUGAAAAGACAACCUAUGUUUCGUCAAGAGUGAUCGGAAAGCUAUUUAGGGCAGUGAAGGAUAUUACUCCAGAGCUAAGCUCCAUCACGUCCUUUACAAGGGAAGUUGCCAGAAAAUCAUAUGAUCCUGAUUUGGAAGUGGACGGGUUUGAAGACUUCAUUGAUGAAGCUUUUUAUUGCAAAACAAAUUACGAUUUCAAACUCGGCAAUCUAAUGGACUACUAUGGCAUUAAAACUGAGGCUGAGGUGUUGAAUGGCGGCGUCAUAAAGGCUUCAAAAUUUUUUGACCGCAGAAGGGAUGCAGAGUCGGUAAGUUUUGCUGUGAGGGCCUUGAAGAAGGAGGCGAGGUCGUGGUUCAAGAAAGGAAGUGAAACAGGUGAGGACUUGUUGGCAAAAGCAUCAGCGUGGUACUAUGUCACAUACCACCAUACAUACUGGGGUCGCUACAAUGAAGGCAUGAAAAGGGAUCAUCUCAUCAGCUUCCCAUGGUGCGUCUAUGACAAGCUGAUUCAGAUCAAAAGGUCCAAAGCAAGAAGUAGAGUUCUUCGUAUCUCUUCGCUUGAACAACGGUUUGGUCGAGGCUUGGCAUUGGCCUAAAAUGUGCAUGAUUUCAACAUGAUUUGGUAAUGCUUUGUGAUUUUUUUUUUUAAUUUAAAGAUUGAUGUCAUGCAUAUAGAAUUGAUUGUAAUUGCUUUCGGUUUUAGCCUGCAGGGUUUUAAUAG